UGUCUACACAGCUCCAACAAUCCUAUAUCUGCGUCUCCCGUGUGGAGACCGACCUUGUUACUCUCGCCGUACCUACGCAUCUCCACCAUGGACUUCAAAUCUCUCAUGUCCGCACAAAUCUCCAAGGCCAAAGCACCACUGAAACCCGAAGAGCCCACCAAAAAGUACCUCAAGCGCUCCGAAGUCGAAGCCCAGCGCCAGGCCGCCUACCUUGCAGAACAAAAGGCCGCCGAGGCAGCACGCAUCGAGAAGCUCCAACAAAAGCGCAAGCACGAAGAAGAUGAGGCGGAGCGCACGCGCGUGCGCGAAGAGAAGAAGCGGCGAUUGGCAGAGGAGAGCAGCAAGCGGCGGGAACUGGAAGCAGAAGAAGAGGAGCGCAAGCGACGGAAGAGACUUGGUCUGCCGGAGCUGGUGAAGGAGGAGGUCAAGGAAGAGGUCAAGGAGGUUGUGGAGAAGAAGAGGGUGUGGGAGGGCAGCAUACCGACGACGCUGGAGCCGGUCGAGGAGAAGGAUAUGAAAGUCGACCAGCUGAAUGUGCCUGGUAAGGAUGAUAUCGAGGGUCGCGAAUUUCUGUUCAGGCAGUUGGCGAGCUAUUUCAAUAUGGUGCUACGGGCGUGGGAGGUUGCGCUUGCGCGGCGCACGGAAGAUGUCAAAGCGAGCUACCAGGGCAAGCAGGCGUACAACUCUAUGGUACUGGCAAAGGACAACAUGAAGGCUAUGUUUCGGAAGAUGGAGGCAGGGGAGUUAGAGCAGGACAUCCUGAAGCCGGUGGUAGAGAUCGUACACGCAGCUCAGGAGAGGAGAUAUGUGGAUGCGAACGACGGAUACUUGAGGCUGAGUAUUGGAAAUGCAGCCUGGCCUAUUGGAGUUACCAUGGUUGGUAUACACGAGCGUUCGGCGAGAGAAAAGCUGCACGAUGGUGAUACAGCACAUAUUAUGAGCGACGAGACAACGAGAAAAUAUCUCCAGAGCAUCAAGAGAUGUCUGAGUUUUGCACAGACGAGAUGGCCGCCGGAUGAUCAGCUACAACUUAUGGGCUGAACACAGCACGCAUCAAAGGGACAGGCAACUAUGCCAUUGUGCAAUAUAUGGUUUCGUCGCCUCGACAGUCAUCAUCACAAUGGAUAUGGACGAAGCUCACAUGAGCAAUGGAGCAAAAGAGCAACGCUUCCAGACACAAAUAGCUGCAUGUUCGAAGCCCGACUACUUGAGUAGGGCAGAGUCUCUAUAACUGCACGGCUGAAGCAAAAUGAAAUGCGCUGAAGAAUACGCUAUCGAUUGCAAAACAUCGAGAGGCGGUAGAAAUACAGAAACGCGUCAUCCCUGGAUCCAUGAACCCGGCAAAGGUUACUUGCUAGCGUGUUUACAAACACGCGACCGCUAUAAAUAAACAGACCACCUUUUGACUUUGCGAUGCGGAUGUAUAUUACUGCUAUGUCGUAGACUAAUUAGAUAGAAGCUUUUAGUACGAUAGAUGUAGGUGAUAAGAUUUCCCUAGCGGAAGAAGUGGACAAGCAAUCAGAGGCUCGGAUCCGAU